AGAGGGCAGUCUCACUUUCCUCGUCCUUCCUUUUUCCAUCAUUAUGAAACCAAUGAUGCGCGCUGGUGACAUUAUCCAAACGUGGCUCGUGUUAUAUUUUCCCCUUAAUCCGCCUUGGAGCGAGGUGUAAAGCGUUGCACUCUGUGGAAACAGCUCUCUGGAUUCAGCGUUGGAUGUACAUCACUCGAUGAUGUUCCUUACCUCUGAAGAUGAUCCUCGGAUAUCGAUUUCAAAUUACGUCCUAUGGUUCUUGAUAGUCGUACUUUUGUACCUAAUUUUCUGCCAUAAAAAAUCGACGAGAGUUAAUAAAUUCUUAUCAACUUUACCUGGACCUCUAGAGUUACCUUUUGUGGGAUGCGUGCCCACUUUUCUCCUCCAACACUCAAGAUAUAGUGACUGGAUGAGAAUUUUUGACCAAUAUGCAACCUGUAGAAUGUAUCGUUUUUCAAUUUUUUCGGAUACAUUCGUGGUCCUGUCCGAUCCGGAGGUGAUUCAGAUGGUCCUAAGGAACCCAAAUUGUUACGACAAGGAUAAAUCUAUUUACGAUCUCUUCCGACUUCCCGAGAUUCUUUCCACUGCAAACGGUAGAAAAUGGCUGAACGAGAGGAAGGCCAUUUUACCGAGUUUUCAUCCAAAAUUGCUCUCGAGUUUUGAUGCCACGUGCCAUCGUCACACACAACACUUGAUGACCACUCUACGAAAGCACGCAGAACAAGGGGAACCUUUUGACCUUGGACAAGAAAUGACGCUUCUCUUCAUUGACAUUAUGAGUGAUUCUUUCCUCGGGGUCUCGGCCAACGCUCAAUUGAAUGGUUUGAAAGAAUUUGCUAACUCACUCUUGACAGUUCCAGACUGUAUCAUGGAACGGGUAUUUAUACCUCCAUUCAGGAACGAUUUCAUUUGGAAGCUCUGUGGAAGAAUGCAAAGAUUUGAUGCUGUCAAAAAGAGUCUUUACUCCGUCGCCAAGCAGCUGAUUGUGAAGAGGAAGCGUUGCAGCAAGAAUGAAUCUUUACUAAAAGGUGAAAAAAAUCGAAUAUUUCUGGACAUCCUGCUUAAAAAUAGUGAAAACAAAGGAGGCAAGGACGAAUCUAAAUUGGUGUUUGAAACAGGCGAAAUUUUUACAGCGGGGAGCAUAACGAUGGGAACAACAGUGAGCUGGGUGCUCCUGCUAAGCGAAGUUUUCCCAGAGGUUGGCGAUAGACUUCGCGGCGAAAUCGAUACCUUGAUUAGAACCGGAAACGGUGUCCUCACCCCGGAAGCGUGCAAUGGAUUGGAGUACUUGGACAUGGUUCUAAAGGAAACCCUGCGUCAUUUCGGUGUUCCCUUCAUAGUUCGUCGGAGCAGCGAGGACGUGCAAAUUCGUGGUUUUAAAAUAAUUCCUAAAGAUACAAGAAUUCUCAUCAUGCUGGCUAGUCUUCAUCAUCAUCCUGAUUUUUGGGAAAAACCAUAUGAAUUUUAUCCAGAACAUUUCUCUCCGAAAAAUGUCAGCAGUCGAAUAAAAAAUACCUUCCUGCCAUUUUCUCUUGGAAUGCGAGACUGCCCAGGAGGAAAAUAUGCAAUUCAAACUAUGAAGUAUGUUUUGGCACGGACACUCCUGGAAAUGAAAUUCACAGCUCAGCACAUGAAGCGUUGGUCAAAUGUCUAUACAGAGAACGAUUUGAAAUUUGGCUUUACGCAGGUCCCAACCAAAGGGUUUAUAUCAACUGUCAAGCUGAGAAAUGAAGCCACAAAACAUGGUUAA